AUGGGCUUCGCUGGCGUCGCCGUCGUCGCAGCGGGGCGGCCGUCGCAGCAAGGCAGCGUGUUCGAGUGCGACGAGUCGCAGACCGCCAUGCACUCGGCGUCGUUCGAUCCCUCACACGCGCGCCUGCACCUGGUUCCCCCUCUCCUAUUCCCCAACGACCCCCUACUCCCGCCAUCCUCCUCUCCCCCUCUUCCCCCUCCACCUCCGCCCUCCAGCCACGGCGCCCUCGGCGCGCUACCUCGCCGUCGUGUAUCUCCGGGAGCAGCUCAGCAAAGCGCGCCUCCACCUGGCUCACCCACUUCCUCCUUCCCCUCCCCCCCUCCUCUUCCCCCGCACGUUUCCCCCCAUCCUCCGCCAGCCACUGCGCCAUCCGCGCGGUACCUCGCCGUCGGGAAUCUUUGGGAGCAGCUGAGCAAAGCGCGGCUCCACCUGGCGGAAGCCAUGGCUCUCGCGCGCCACUGGGGGCGCACGCUCGUGCUGCCACGUGUCCGCACCAGCCGCAUCGGCGCCACGUGGCAUGCUCCCCGCGUAUUUGACCCGGUGCUGAUGGGGCGGUUCGUGCCUGCCGUGCGUGCGCGAGGAGUACCUGUGGCGGACAGUGGUGCCCGUGUGGGAGGGGCGAGGGGGGCCGAGCUCGGGGGAAGGGGGUGGCGGGUGCUGUUCAGGCGGAUGCUGGUGCUGGUAUAA